AUGAAUAAGGACACCAGCAAACUCGAGUUCGCUCUACGAAAUGCUAAUGAUGAAUGUUUACCAUGCACACUGUGGGGAAAGCUUGGUGAGGAAGUCUAUUCGGCUUGUCGGAGUGCGGGUGAUCGUCGAAUUACAAGUAGUUGUCAAACAACAAAGGUUCUGAUAGAUUUGAAUGAUCCCGAUGUCAUUGUCUUCAAGAAUAGUUUACCUGAGAAUUGCGGACGUAUUACCUUCUUGAGUAGCAAACCUCAACAAAGGGUUUCUUAUGGUGAUGAGAUUCAUUUCGAUCAGUUUCCAAUGGUUGUAAAAUGUAAGAUCAUGUGCACCAUCUACGCGGUUGACAUAGACUGGUCGUGGUUUUAUUUAGAUAUUUUAAAUCAGAAAGCUGAUGAAAUUCUCAAGGGGAACUUCGAUGAGAUACAAGAUCUGAAUGUCAUUCCUGAUGCACUGAAAAACUUGAUUGGGAAGACUUUUCAGUUUCUGAUUUGUGUUGAGAAAGAAAAUCUCUACGGUGGUAGUAAUACAUACAAAGUCAGGAAGGUUUGGAAAGGAAAUGAUGUUUUAUCCGCUGAUGAGGUGAAUGAAUCUGAUGAUAUGGGUGAUGAGAGUUUGCUAUUGUCUGGUGUUGCUGAUAAAUACGCUGAGGCAAGAGCCUUCUUAUGA